GUUUCGGCAUAAACCUGUUAAUUUACAUUUAAAAUUUUCACUUUAUCACAAACUGACUUUGCAUAGUCAUGACGCAUUGCUCGUAAAAAAAAAUAAUAAAAAUUUUAAAAUAAAAAAUGGCAAAACAACUUUUUCAUCAAAAUCUACCACUUGAGAAAUCAUUUUUCUUUAUACCAAGAAUUUGUUUAUCAUUUCUUGGUUAUUGGCCCAAUCAAACUCUUGGAUUCUUACUUAUAAUAAGGAUUUGUUUAAAUUACGUUCUAUUGUUCUUUGCUACAUUUUCACAAAUUGUAUUCGGUUUCAUUAAUAUUGCUGAUCUCUUAUUAGCAUUAGAUGCUUUCUGUCCAGCUCUUACUGAAGUUGUUACACUAAUAAAGUUACUGGCAUUCGUUUAUUAUCGAAAUAAUUUAAAAUUAUGCAUUAUAAAGCUAUAUAAAAUCAUGAAAGAAUUGACAAAAAAUAAAGAUGGAUUUGAAAUUUACAAUAGACUACAUUAUAGAGCUACUAUAAUAGCUGGUGGUAUUUUGUGUUUUUCUAAUCUAACCAACUUUUCAUAUGGUUUAAGACCAUUACUCAAUGGUGCCAUAAUGUAUUAUAAAUCUGAGAAUGUAACAAUUGAUAUGCCUUUUCGAGUCCAAAUUCCAGUGUUUCUUACAGAAUUACCAUAUUUACCAUUUGUUUAUGUGUCAGUUUGGUAUACAGGAUUAGUUACAGUAUUCGGAUUUUCUGGAGUUGAUGGAUUUUUGGUAGCAUAUUGUCAUUAUAUUUCAGCAAUGUUUAAAACUAUACAACUUGAAACAAAAGCAAUUUUCUCAUGUCUUGAAAAUAAAAAUUUUGCCUCAGAGGAAGACAGUGUUAUUUUUCGAAAAAAAUUGAAAGAAGUCGUAAUUCUGCAAAAUAAACUUAAUAAGAUUUGCAAAUCAUUUACUAAAAUUUAUACAAGUGUGAUAAUAUCCCACUUUUUCUCAUCUGCUGCUAUUAUUGGAUUAAGCGUACUAGAUAUGUUAACGAAUACUGGAUUUGGGAUUGUUUUGUACAUUUGUUAUUCUGCUGCAGUAUUAGCACAAUUACUUACAUACUGUGAAGGAGGAAGUAUUGUUAUACAAAGUAGCUUAGAUAUUGCAACUUCUUUAUACAAUGUUGAAUGGUACAAAUGCAAUAAACCAAUACAAAAAACUGUUUUAUUGAUCAUAAUGAGAGCUCAACAACCAAUAACUAUAGCUGUACCAUUUUUUUCUCCUUCUAUGGAACUUUUUGGCACGGUUCUUAGCUCAGUUGGUUCUUACGUCACACUACUAAAAACCUUUCUCUAAAUUAUUCAUAGAAAAUGUUUUUGUUGCGGUGCUGCUAUAAUUUUUUUACGAGAAUGCAACAUUAGCUCACUAUUGCAAAAUUGAAGUGAUCAGAUCAUAGACGUCUUAUCAGCUCUCAGCAAAACAUUAUGAAUUACAAAAGGAAAAUUCAUAGAAAAUUAAUUUGUUAACAUAAAAUGAACUUAUAGAUAAUUUUAGAAUUUUAAACAAAGUGUAACAUUCACAUGAGUGCACGCCAUAAGCACAACAUUUUGUGUCAAAAGUAACACAGAAUAAAAAGUUUCAAAUCACUAAAUUAAAUUCUAACUGGAACUGGAUCUACAUAUUUAUGCAUGUGUACGUAUAUUGACGCUUUAAAAAGAUAUUUUGCAUAAUAUUAGAAUUUAGAAUUCUAAAGUAGCUACUUUAUUAUUAACACAGUAAGUAAUUUAAAUGGUAUUUUUAAAAGUAAUAAUUAAAAAAAUUCAUGCAUUUAUGUAUGUAUGUAAGUG